AUGACUCGUAGAAAACAGCAAAAACCUGAAAAGGUAAUAGAUGUAAUGGAAGAAAUGUUUAUAGAAGAUUCAGAAUUAAUUAAUCAUCCCUCUUCAUUACCUAAAUUAGAAAGUAUUAAAAAUGAUUUUAAUUCAUUAGAUUCAUUAAAAUAUUCCUCUACAAUUUUAACAAUGCCAAAAAGUCAACCAUCUCAUGACACAUUCCAAUCAGCAUAUGAAACAUUGUUAAGAGGUAUUAAAGAAAGAGAAAUUAAUAAAAAAAUUGCUAAUGAAACAAAUUCAUUAAAUAAAAAUAAACGAAAAAUACGUUUUAUUGAAGAUAAAUUUUGGGCUUUAACUAAUGGAGCUAAUGUUAAUAAGGAACAAGAGAAAAAGAAUGGAGAAUUUGUUGUGCCAACACUAAGUAAUAUACCAAGUAAAGUUGUUAAUGGAAUAGAUAAAAUUGACGGUGAUAAGGCAAAAGUUUUGGAUUUAAGGCUUACAAAAGAUAAAAAUAUUGAAACACCACCAGCUAAUAAAAUUGCUAGAACUGAUGAUAAAGGGAACCAGGAUAACGGAAGUUUUAUUUAUAAUACAAAUAAUUUUGUCAAUGGUAAUUUACUUGGAAAACUUUCAUCUUUAGUUACAAAUGUAGGUGAUACCCCAAAUUUAUCAUAUUUUAUGAAUCAAUCAAAUGGAAUAGGAAAAGCAGAAGAUCCUACAGCAAUAUUUACAUGUCUUCAAUGUUCUGAAAAAUUUCAAACUAUGCAACAAUUGGUUAAGCAUAUGGAAAAAACAUUACACUAUAAUCAAGUUUAUAAUCCAUUUAGAGCAAUGUUAGAAGCAGGAGCAUUUGGCAUGUUUCCACAGUUUUUCGGGCCACAAUUUUAA